AAUGAAAAGCUUUUGGGGAUUCACUUGCUGCCAGAAACUCACAGACAACACUCCUGCCAAAGCUGUCACAAGGCUGAUCACUGUUCAUUCUUUCCUUCUCUGCAGAUAUGUGCCGGCAGUAAUUUAAUUUUUGAUGUCAAUAGAUCUAAAAGUUUAUACAAGAAGAAAAGGUGAACUCGGAAACCGAAAAGAUGGAGAAGGAAAGUCAGGAAAACUCGACCAGACCCGAUGCUUCGUCUACUGUUUUCUCUUCCUCUAAGAGUACAUGCGCAAGCCCUAGCUAUCUCAAAGAAGCUGGAGACUUGAUCAGUAGGUUGCCUGAUGAUAUUCUCCAACUAAUUCUCUCCUAUCUUCCAACCAGAUUGGCGAUCAAAACUUCCGUUUUAUCCAGGCGAUGGAGGCAUGGCAGCCUGUAUCAGCAGACCCGACACGCAUGCUGACAUCGACAGUUGGAUCAACUUCGCCAUGUCCCGAAACGUGGAGAAUCUGUCCCUGUAUCUCGAUGAGGAUAAAUAUGAUAUCCCUGAAUUCCUUUACAUCAAUUCCUCUCUCAAGCAACUCUACCUUGAUUUCGGCUGCAAAAAGGAUUUUAUAUCUCUGAAUCCCAAAUGUUCUGUGUCUUGGACAUCCCUGAAGAACCUGUCAUUGUAUCAUUGCAACAUCUCUGAUGAAUCCAUUGCUAUUAUUCUAUCUGGUUGUCCCAUUCUCGAAAGCUUAUUGUUGUUUUUCUGCAAGAAACUGAAGGUCCUUGAUCUCAGCAAAUCACCGCGUCUGAUAACAUUAGAAAUCACUCGUAGAUGUCGAAUGGAGCCAACACAGCUCGUUGCACCACAUAUCCGUUGUCUCAGAUUGAUAAACUCUGAGAAACCAUGUGCUUUAGUUGAUGUCUCCUCUUUAUCCCAAGCUGAACUAGACAUUACCGCUUACGCAAUAGUUGAUAAUAAACUGGAGGCUGAUUUUCAUCAGACCAUGGUGGUAAAGAUGUUAGAAAAGUGUCAGAAUGUGGAGAAGCUUACUUUGGGGGCAAACUUUCUUAAGAUGUUAUCUCUUGCCGAGCUCCGUGGUGUUUCUUUUCCAAAGUUGAAGGCUAAAGCUCUGAUACUUGAGACAAUGAUCUCUCGAUAUGUUAUUCAUGGUAUAGUAAAGGUGCUACAAAACUCGCCUGACUUGAAGAAGCUAACCAUACACCCAAUGGGGUCUGCCGGCUCAUAUCCCAUACCGGAAGAGCAUAUUGACAUAUACUUGGAUUCUCAUGGCUUGAAUUGGGAUCCAUCCUGGAGCUCGGAGUUUAAGAACACUUCCCGCAGGAAUGUAGAGUCAAAGCAAGUGGCUUCGUUUCUGCAACUUGUGCUUAAAACCAUAUCAACAUUAGAGUUGAUUGUCGCAAGGUUGGAAGGUUAUAUCAAAGGAAGACGUUUUGUAGAGUUGCGUCAGAUGGUUCCAAUGCUUCCUCGCAACAACGAUGUCUCCAUUGUGCUCAGCUCAAGAAGAAAACGAUUCAGAGUGACUUAAGUCAUUUUACAUUUAAGUAGUACACUAGAUGAAAAUCUCUUGUUUGUUUUUCUUACUGAAAUAAUCGAAUUCUGUUAAAUUGAUUUUAAGUUGUG